UGGUACACGGGAGGUCUCUUGACGACAUUUGUACUUUCCGGCAAUAGCGAGGAGUUGAUGGGGCGAACCGACAAAGGCGUUACGUUAUUCUUCGUCGUUGAUGCACAUGACACGGGAGGCGGAUUUCCGGAUGUCCAAGAAAUUCCGGGGUCACAAUUUCUGCGCACUUCACAGAUUAUCGAUGAUGAAUUCUUUUUCGUGGUUCCACCGCAUGAUCAAUUGAUAUACCGAAUGACAAAACUCUUAUGGAAGAAACAAUUGAUGAGGAGGUGUCGAACAAAAGAGGAUUCUUAUUGCACCCAAAUCUUAAAUUUAACAACAAAUGAUGUCCUCACAAUACGUCAGGAAUUCACUAAAAAAGAACAAUGUUUGAGGUUGCCACAAUGGACCUCCAUUAUUCGCGAAAGCUAA